GCCGCCCGCCAUCUUUGGCGUCCGGAGGCGGGCCUUGCGCCGUGAAGUCACGGCCUGCGAGGGACACCAAAAGGGAAGGCCCGCCCCGCCGGGUGCCAUUGGCCGGGAACAUGGCGGUGAACAGGAACCACUCAGAAGGCGGAGGGGUUAUCCCGCCCAACGGGGAGAGUAUUCUCAAACAUUGUAAAGAUGUGGAGCUGACCUUUUCUGAUGUGACUAGUAAACCAGAAAUCUUCAAGGGCACCAAGAAAGGAAUGGUGUUUCUCACUCCUUACAGGAUCAUUUUUGUGUCCAAGAGCAAGGACCCAAUGAUGUCUUUCUCUAUGCCGUACAACCUGGUCAAAGGGUGCUCCAUUGAACAGCCAGUAUUUUCUGCCAAUUACAUCAAAGGAGUGAUACAAGCCGAACCAGGAGGUGGCUGGGAAGGACAAGCUUCCUUUAAGAUGAGCUUCUUCAGCGGAGGUGCCAUAGAAUUUGGACAGCUGAUGUUUAGACUGGCAAGUGAUGCUUCCAGAGGAGUUCCUGCUCAGAGCUUUGGCUACGGCUAUAUCCCUGUUCCCGGGGGUUAUGCACCUUUUCCAGGAGGAUAUGCACCUGCACCAGGAGGAUAUGCACCUGCACCAGCAGGCUAUGCUGCACCACCCCCAGCUGCCUAUGGACAAUAUGCUUAUAUGCCUGGGCAAAUGAAUGGAUAUGGACCUGCUCCCCAGCCUAUGGGAUAUGCAUAUGCACCUCCUCAAGGAAUGUAUCCUCCACCUUCUGGCAUGUAUAUGGCUCCUCCUCCUCCAUACCCUGGCCCUUCUUCAGCAGGACCUUCAGCACCGCCUGAGGCAGGACCUUCAGCCCCUAGAACCUGGACAGAACCAGGAACGCCAGAUGGAAAUAAAGCAUCUGAGGCAGCUUCCAGUGCAUAUUAUAAUCCAGCUAAUCCUCAUAAUGUCUACAUGCCUAUGGAUCAGCCACCUCCUUAUGCACCACCAGAGGAGAAGAAGAACAACUAACAAGAGCCCAAUAGUCACCCUUCCAUGUUUCUUGUCCUUGAAGACUUUGCUGUUGCCGCCUCCUCCUGGUUCUGUUUCCAGGUCAUCUUGUGUCAGUAACAUGCACCAAAUUGGGUGACAUAUAUAACCCACUGCUCUUAAAAUUAUAGCAUGGCAGUACAAAAAAGCAAUGUCUGCUAUGCUUUCCUGGCUGUUUGCGUUAUCUCUUGAGGCCAGGAUAGGACUGCCAUGACUGUUUUAGCCUCACUUGGAAGAGGGUGGUGAAUUAUCCUUACUCUAAAUGAAGUGACUUCCCAUACAUAAGCAAGAAAUACUGAAAUUCUUUGUAUGAAACAGACUGCUUCCAUAAUGUGACAAAGAUGCUUGGAUCUGAGGGGAGUAUUUUUGUGUUUUCAGGCAUCUCUGCAUGCCUUGUAGCAUUGGUCUGACAUGUUACAAUUCUCACUUCAUGCAGAUUAAUGCAUUAGAGGGAAUAUUGUAAACGUGUAGAUACUUGUAUCGCUUUCCUGGGAAAGUAUCAGGUAGGGGAACGUGACUCUCCAAAGAUAGCUAGAGAAGAAAGAGAGGGACCAAAAGGUUGAAUACUUCUAAAAUAGCAGCACAUCUCCAGAUUAUAGGUUAUAAAACCACAUAUAUCUUUGCAGCAAAGUUCUUCUCUAUGCUUUUUGCAACUUAAUUAACUUAUCCUUUGCAAAAACCUAUUAGGUGAAAAGAUGGGAUCAUGUGUGAAAUGGUAUGUAAUAAGUUCCCUGCUAUUUUGUUUUGUCUGUUUAGAUCACUAUCUGAAAUGUGCAUCCUGGCAUGGAGCAUAUAGCAACAGAUUUCAAAUUGCGUUAUCUGUGCUUUAGAUGGGAAAUGUAGGGAGAAUCUGUUUAUCUGAAUUGGAACCAAAGAUAUAAAAGCAAAAGGUAUAAAAACUGAGUUCAGAAAUCAGAGCAAGGAACACAGGCCAAAGUGAUUUGAAAACAAAACUCGUGCAUAAUGGUUGGCCUCUUGGGAAUUGGAUCCAUCUCUGCCAAGAAUUCCUUGACACAGUGUUAUGAUAAGAUAGAAGUAUGUUUGAUACCUAAAAGUACAGUUUCUGUUACAGAAUUUGAAAUGAUUGUAGAAGGUAGUUUGGGAAAAAUCUUGAGCAGCCUACUGAAGUUAUUUGAACUUAUCAGUUCCCUAGAUAUGCUGAGCUGAGUCCUUACAUAUUUAGAAAGCUACAUGAGGAAUAGUGUUUGAGUCGGAGCUGUUUGUGAUCAUAGGAUAGGAUUUUUGAAGCUGAACAAUGCUGUUGAUGCAUUACAUUUUAGCUAAGAAGGUCAAAGAGGCAAUUAGGUUCCUGUAUUAAUGGCUGCCUUAGUUAAGCGGUUACUAAUUUGGCAGUGAGAUAUUACAUUUAUAUUUCCCUUACAUUUAUUCUAAAGAGAACUCUUGCUCCACUGGUGUAAUGAAGACUAUAGCUUGAAUAAAACCAAUCAUUUAGGAAAUCCCCCUUGCCCUCCAUGCUUUAAAUGAGAAUAAUGACAAGCCAUAUACAACUUGGUGUUCACAAAUCCUUUCCUAUCUAUUUUCCCCUUAGCAACUGAGCAUAUUCUUCAGUAUAAAGGUUUUUCUAAUAUACCUUUCUAGGUGCAUCCAGGAGACUUUAACAGCCUUCCAUAAUUUAAAUAUUUAGAUCUGUUUGUAAUAUUUUUGAAUUGCACUUUAAUACAGAAUUAUUGAAAUAUUUGUAUUUGUAGCUGUGUAUUGAUAACUUGGUGAAUUUGGGGAAGUGGUUUGGAGGGCAGAAGGAUUUCAUUUCUUACAAUAGAAAUCAUAUGAAAAACUA